AUGCCCAGAGCGCCACCGUGCUCCUUCCCAUGGUCCUCCUUGUGGCUGGCAUCCGUCGCUUUGCUGGUGCCGUCCGUGCUCUCCUCCUCCUCUUCCUCCUCCUCCUCCUCAUACCAGAGAGCCGGAGCUGGCGGGAAGCGGCCGGGGUUCACGGAGAGAACUCUGAUCCUGCUGGACGUCAACACCCGCAGCCCGGUCCACGUCCUCAACGACAACUUCCUCUCUUUGCAGCUGGACCCCUCCAUCAUUAAAGACGGAUGGCUGGACUUUCUGAGCUCCAAGCGGCUGGUCACUCUGGCGCGAGGCCUUUCUCCCGCCUAUCUGCGCUUCGGCGGAAAGCGGACCGACUUCCUGCAGUUCCACAACCUCAAGAACCUCGCCAAGUUCAGGGGACCGGGCCCCGACUACUACCUGAAGAACUACGAAGACGACAUCGUGCGCAGCGACAUUGCGCUGGACAAGCAGAAGGGCUGUAAGCUGGCCAACCACCCCGACAUGAUGCUGGAGCUGCAGCGGGAGAAGGCCGCCACCAUGCAGCAGGUCCUGCUCAAGGAGCAGCUCUCCAACAUCUACAGCAACAUCACGAUAACAGCCAGGUCUUUAGACAAACUGUACAACUUCGCCGAAUGUGCCGGUCUCCACCUGAUUCUGGGACUCAACGCACUGCACAGGAACCCAGACAACACCUGGAACUCCUCCUCCACUCUUAACCUGUUGAAGUACAGCGCCGGCAAGAAGUACAACAUCUCCUGGGAGCUCGGCAAUGAGCCCAACGCUUACCGCAGCAUGGCGGGCCGUGCGGUCAACAGUACCCAGCUGGCCCAGGACUAUGCCGUGCUCCGGAACCUGCUGCAGUCGGUACGCUACUACCACCGGGCCCACCUCUACGGCCCCAACGCCGGACGGCCGAGGAAGAACGCCAUUCUGCUACUAGAUGGGUUCAUGAAGAAAGCUGGCUCUGUUGUUGAUGCGGUAACGUGGCAACAUUACUACAUGGAUGGCAGAGUUAAGCAAGCGGAGGACUUUCUGAAGACCCGCCUGUUGGACACGCUGACUGAGCAGAUCACUAAAGUCAUCAAGGUCGUGAACACACAUGCUCCUGGCAAGAAGGUGUGGUUGGGUGGAGUGGGGCCAGCCUGGUCAGGAGGAACCAAUAAUCUCUCUGACACAUAUGCCGCUGGCUUCCUCUGGCUGAACACGCUGGGUAUGGCCGCGGUUCAGGGGAUCGAUGUUGUCUUACGUCACUCAUUCUUCGACUAUGGAUACACACACCUGGUGGACCAGCAAUUCAACCCUCUACCUGAUUACUGGUUCUCUCUGGUCUACAAGCGCCUGGUUGGUCCCAAGGUUUUGGCUGUACGGGUGGCUGGACUGCAGAGGAAACCACGACCUGGGAGGGUGAUACGGGACAAGUUACGGAUCUACGCCCACUGCACCAGCUUCUACAAUCACAACUAUGUGAGAGGAUCCAUCACCAUCUACAUCAUCAACUUGCACAGGUCACGGAAGAAAAUCAAGUUGGCGGGCACAUUACGAAACAAGACUGUCCAUCAGUACCUGCUGCAGCCCUACGGCAAUGAUGGACUGCAUGCCAAACAUAUCCAGCUGAAUGGGGAGAAGCUCUUCAUGGUAGACAAUGAGACAUUCCCAGAGUUGAAGCCCAGGACACUGAGGGCUGGACGGACAAUAGCCAUGCCUCCAAUGACCAUCGGCUUCUACGUCAUCAAAAACAUCAAUGCAUAUGCCUGCCGAAGAUAAUACUGACCCAUCGUCCCUGAACUACUUGCCUGACAUUCAGAACUUUGCCAAAACGUCAUCGUCCAUCCCCCAUUUACAUUUAUUUUCCCAAAGCUCCGGGUGGUUUGCAUCUCAAGCGUAAGGAUUUACUUCAGUGUCAGUGGCACAUUCAUUAACCUGGAAACAUUAAAGUCGCCAGCACUCCUCACACACCAAGCCUCACCUCAUCACAUCUCACAACUUUAAACCGGAGUAGGGAUGACCCCCCCCCCCCCCCCCAAAUUCCCUUCCCUCUUCUGUUCUCUGGUCCGCUACAGAAAGACCCACCCUUUGUGUAGAACUACGGUUGCACUGAACACCUUUCAACUGCUUCUAAACUGUGUCAUAUGCUACAUGGACUUCUAUGGACAGUAAUAUUUUUGUUAUUUUGUAUCUUUGUGUGAAGUUUGUGUUUUGUUUGUGACGGAGAUGCAUUGUUGAGAUGGCCACAUCCUCUUAUCCAGCCGGGCUUUGUUUUCUAUUGAGGAUCAUUAAAACACAAGCUCAGUCGCCGACUACGUCUGCCAAGAGCGUUUCUGCUAUGCAAUCCCCCUUCUGGCAUUUUACUGACCAGCCAGUAAAACAGCACGAGGCAAAACAAGGUUUUUACAACAACAUUGAUGCAUG